AUGCCUGCUAUUUGCUUAACAGAUAAAGAGAAUUUAUUUGGAUCGCUAGAGUUUGCUUUAUAUGCAAUAAAGAAAGGUUUGCAGCCUAUUCAUGGGGUUAUUUUAAAUAUACAAUAUGAAGCAAACGUUUUUGCAGAAAUAUUAUUGAUAGCUAAAGAUGAAACUGGCUAUAAAAAUUUGCUUAAACUAUCCAGUAUCACCUUUACUACAAAUGAUCGUAAAAUAUGCAACCAUAUUACUUUUGAGGAUUUAAAAGAAUAUCAAGAGGGAUUAAUAGCAUUAUGUUGUUACACUGAGGGUAUUAUAGGGAAAUGCUUGCUUGCUAAUAAAGAAGAACAAGCUGAAAUGUUUGCACGAAACUUGCAAGAAAUUUUUGGAGAUUGUUUUUACUUUGAAAUCAUGCGACACGAUCUACCGGAAGAGCAGCAUAUUGAAGAUAAUUAUAUUAAAAUAGCAUCAAAAUUAAAUAUUCCGCUUGUUGCUACCAAUAAAGUACUAUUCAGCAAAAAAAGCAUGCAUGAUGCACAUGAUGUAUUAUUAUGUAUUUCUGCCGGUGUUACUAAAGAAUAUCCUGAUCAUCGUAUUUCAAUACCUGACUUUGAUAUUGAUUUUUGUCAGGAAAGACGAGAAGAAGUUAUUAAUUAUGUACGUUCUAAAUAUGGUAAUAAUAGAGUAGGACAAAUUAUAACUUUCGGUAAAAUGCAGGCAAAGGCUGUAAUUAAGGAUGUUGCACGAGUACUAAGCUUACCAUAUAAAUUUGCAGAUUAUCUAACUGAAUUAGUGCCGUUUAGUGCAAUAAACCCCGUUACGCUUGAGCAGGCAAUACGAGAAGUGCCGGAACUUGCAAAUGCUGCUAAAGGUAACGGAUUAUAUAAUUUAGAGGGUGAGCUAGAAUUAAUUAAGCUAGUACUUGAUACCUCAUUAAUUCUUGAAGGGCUGCAUCGCCACUCCUCAACGCAUGCAGCAGGAAUCGUAAUAGCUGGCACUGAUUUAGUUGAUAUAGUACCUAUCUAUAAAGAUGCUAACUCCGAUAUAUUGGUAGUCGGCUACUCCAUGAAAUAUUGCGAGCUUGCUGGUUUAAUUAAGUUCGACUUUCUUGGGCUGCAAACUUUAACUGUUAUUACCGAUUGUAAGAAAUUGUUAAAAGAGCAAAAUAUAGAAAUAGAUUUUAACGAUAUGACAUUUGAUGAUGAAAAAACUUAUCAAAUGUUAUGUAAAGGUAAAGGAGUCGGCGUAUUCGAGUUUGAAAGUGUUGGGAUGAAAGAUGCACUUAGACGCCUUAAACCUGAUUCCAUACAUGACUUAACAGCUCUUGGUGCGUUAUAUCGCCCUGGACCUAUGGAAAAUAUUCCAACCUAUAUAGCUUGUAAGCAUAAAUUACAGCAGCCUGAUUAUUUGCAUAAGUUGUUAAAGCCUAUCUUAGAGGAAACUUAUGGAGUAGUGAUAUAUCAAGAACAAGUCCAAAGAAUUGCUCAAGUUUUAGCUGGUUAUACGCUAGGAGCUGCUGAUUUGCUUCGUAGAGCCAUGGGUAAGAAAAUUAAAUCUGAGAUGGAACAACAAGAAGAAAUUUUUGUUAAAGGUGCAAUAGCUAAUAAUAUUUCUAAGGCUCAAGCUAAAUCUAUUUUCGCCACUGUCGCUAAAUUUGCUGGUUAUGGUUUUAACAAGGCACAUCCCGCAGCUUACGGGGUUAUUUCAUAUCAAACAGCAUAUCUUAAAGCUAAUUAUCCAGCAGAAUUCGUAGUUGCAUGCUUAAAUCUUGAACUAAAUAAUCGCGAUAAAAUUAAUUUAUUCCUGCAAGAAGCAAAAGAUAAUAAUAUAAAAAUCAUUGCACCGAAUAUUAAUAUUUCUGAUGGAUAUUUUAGUGUAAAGUCUGUCAUACCGCGGCUUGACCUCGGUAUCCAUGGAGACCAAUUAAAAGACACCGCGGUCAAGCCGCGGUAUGACAUUGAUAGUUCUAUAAUCUUCGCACUUGGAGCUAUAAAAGGAGUCACGCCGAAUUUUGGUAAGCUAGUAACAGAUGAAAGAAAUGCAAGAGGUGCUUUUAAAUCGAUUGUUGAUUUUAUUGAGAGAUUACCACCAAAAGCUAUCAACAGUAAAUUACUUGAAAAUCUAAUUAAAGCUGGCUGUUUUGAUGAAUUACAUGAUAAUAGAUUGCAAUUAUUUUGA